AUGUCUGACCUUCUCCAAAUCCACGUGCCCAAGACCUCCUACAAGGCCGGAGAUGACGUUUCGGGCUCUGUCUAUCUUACCAACAAGAACGGCCAGAGAAGAGACGUUGAUAUCGAGUCGAUAUCAAUAACCUUCACAGGCCGUCUAUCACCUACAAAGUACUGGCCUCGUGUUCCCAAAUCCAUCCAAGUGUUCGCUUACAAGAAGAUACUCUUGGCUGGACCUACAACUCUGCGCAUUCCUCCAAUUGGCUGUGAAGAUCAAUAUAGCUGGCCUUUUACCUUCAGCGUCCCCGUCGACUGUAAUGCAGUCCAAAAUGAUGGCCCUCCGGCACCUCCUCUCUCCGUCUUCAACACUGAUCAUAACCAGCCUCUUCCUCCCUCACUUUCAAUAUUCUCAGAUGAGAACACUCCACGCGACGCUGUUUCAAUUGUCUACGAGCUUCAGGCAAUGAUUGAUUCGCCGUCCACGACAGGGUCUUAUCCUGCUAGUUGUAUCAAGAGGCUGGGACUUAGCCUUUACGCCCCCAGGAACAAGGAACAAGCUGGUCUUGAAUGCACUUACAAAAUUCAGCGUAUUACUUGCCAGACUUUGGAUCUCUUUCCUGAGGAAAACCGGGAACUAGCAAAGCGUCCGCUCAGGCUGCGGGAGAAGCUAGGUUUUCGAUCAGUACCCACCGACCAUCUUCCCAAAGCCGUAUUCGAUGCAAAGCUUCAGACUCUAUCCUCUGCAAUCAUUGGCGCACCUCUGCCGAUAUUCCUCCACCUUGACUAUGACGUCGGAAGCUCGACACUCAGAGUCCCGCCAGCAAUUUACCUCAAAAAGGUGGCUGUGUGGUUGCGAGAGGACACUUCCAUGCUUGUACCGAAGCCAGGCCCAGUUUCCGGAGAGCAGGAGCAGGCCGGCUGGAUGAAAGCGCCUCAACUUGCUGCGCAGGACUUGGACAAAGGGGUUCCGUUGGUGAAUGGCUUCUUGGACAUGCGAAAGAUCAUAGACUUGACGUUAAAGGAUGAUCUGAUUCCGACAUUCAGAACUUUCAACAUAGCACGCUCCUACGAAACCAAGGUCAAUGUGACCCUCGAAUGUGCUGGGAAGACUUUCUUUAUCUACGGCAACUACAACCCUUGCACGCUACUAGCUAAGCAAUUCGAUCCUGACGUCCGGCAAUACGCGCAGCCAGCUGCGCCUGCAGUCAUAAUAAAUGAAAUGGAUGAUCCUCCACCCCCACAAGCCAUCAGUGCCAGCAACAACUACUGGAAUGGCUCACAACUCAGUCUACGUUGGCCAUUGCGUUGCCCGUCUUUUCUUGGGUACGAGUGCGCUACGUUUGAUCUAGGUAGUAUUGAGCUCCACAGUGACAACAGACGCAGAGGCCAAGCUCAGGAAAUCGGGCUUCAGAUCAGUCCGAAUACUUAUCGAGUCGUCAUGGAAGACUUCAACUGUGAAUGUUUGACGACAAAAUUUGCCGUGCUUCUAUACGCAUCUACUGCGCAAAGAAAAGACUCCGUGCUUGACCGAUACGCAAAGUCAGCAAAGCGACGUUCUGCACCGCAUGUCUUCUGCUACGUACGUGGCCGAUCCCACGUUGCAGCGCUAUACAUGUACACGAGCGAUUCGCCAUUCAAUCUCGCACAGAUGAGUAGCUACAUGUCGAUUGGAUUCCCCGUGGAGCCUGUCAAGCAGCCGAGCGGGAUCGGGUCGUUGAGCAAUGGCUCCCAGAUAAGCCAGCUUGGCACGCUUGGCAACAGGUCCGAGCUUGAGACCGAAUUCAAACGGCAGGUUCUUUCUAGCAAGCCCUUGGGGACUGGGAGGGUGACACUUGAGGAUAUAAGUUAG